AUGGAAGACAGCAUUAACACUAGUGGUGCAAAUGGCUCUUCGGAGCACCCAGAGCCAAGCAUUAUCGUACCUGGAGAAGACAUUGUCACCCUUUCGCAGUCUCAACUGGAACAUCAAACCAGGCUCCUGCAACAGAGACUUGCAGCUACGACUGACUUCACUCAACAAACAAUCGCCGUCGCCUUGCCUAAUUCCAUUGAGCUGGUCACUGUGUUCCUUGCCAUAACGAAGCAACGGGGCAUCGCUGCUCUUCUGAACCCUAGCAACAAAGAAAAUGAAUUUGACUUUUAUUUGGGCGAUGUGAAUCCAGUGAUGGUCAUUGUACCGAAAGGGGCAUACGAGGCGAACAGUGAUUCAGUCAGAGCGGCCAAGAGACAUGGUGCUGGCAUCGCCGAGUGCUACUGGGACGGACAAGAUGUAAUUCUGGAGAUAAUUGUCCGGAAUGUGCGGACAAAGGGCGACCAAAGGGCGACCACGUGCAUCAAAUCCCUUGAUACUGACAUUGCUUUGUUGCUGCAUACAAGCGGGACCACUGGAAGGCCGAAAGCUGUGCCAUUGACCCACAAGAACCUUGAUGUAUCUGCGAAAAACGUUUGCAAAGGGUACAAUCUUAAGGUAGACGACCGUACGAUGCUCCUUACACCCUUGUUCCAUGUUGCAGGCCUGCUCGCCUGUCUCGCCACUUUGAAGUCUCGAGGAGCCGUCAUUUUACCUCCGAGGUACUCACCGAAGUCUUUCUGGCAAGACUUAACUGAGCACAAUGCCACUUGGUAUACAACGACGCCAACAAUGCACCGACUGAUUCUGCAGCUUCCUCCUCCUGGGGUCAUGCCACCUAGGCUCCGAUUCAUCAGGUGUAGCUCUUCACCGCUACCACCUGCCAUGUUUCGUGAGCUUGAAUCAAGAUUUCAAAUUCCCGUGGUUGACUCGUACGGUCUCACCGAAACCUCGUCCUUUUGCACAUCCAACCCUCUGCCUCCAGGUCCUCGACUACCGGGCAGCGUCGGGAUCCCGCAGGGUCCUGAGGUUACGAUUCGCGAUGAGGCUGGCGCACCGCUUGAUGCUGGACUCGAAGGAGAGAUUUGUAUGCGAGGAGACAACAUUACGAAAGGCUACCUCAACGACCCUGAUGCAAAUGCUCGUCUGUUCACGCUGGACGGUUUCUUCCGCACUGGUGACUUUGGUUAUCUGGAUAGCAAUCAUUAUCUCUUCAUCACAGGACGCAUAAGAGAAUUCAUCAAUAAAGGAGGGGAGAAGAUCAGCCCGGUCGAGCUAGACAACACCGUUACGCAGCAUCCGGCCGUGGCCGAGGCGGCAACUUUCUCCAUGCCCGACGACAUCUAUGGGCAAGACGUCGGUCUGGCUGUAACAUUAAGGGAGGGUGAACAAGUGGAACGAUCAAAGCUGAAAAGAUGGAUUCGAGAUAGGGUAUCCGCACACAAGGUGCCGGCCAAGAUAUUCUUGGUGCAAGAACUCCCGAAGACUGCGACGGGAAAGACGCAACGGCAGUUGCUAUCUCAGCAAGCGGCUGAUGGCAGGCUGGGAUAG